AUGGCUCUGCGCCUCCUCCUGCCGCUGCUCCUGCUAGCUGCCACCCUCCUCAUCACCCAGGCUCAAGGCAUCGGCAGCUCAGCCUCAGACUGCUGCCUGAAGAACAGCCGGAAAGCCAUCCCCAGCACCUGGGUGAAGUCCUACAGGCUCCAGGGACCUGAGUCAGGAUGUUUGCUGCACGCUGUCGUGCUCACCACUAAGAGGAACAAGAAAAUCUGCGCCUCUCCCGCUGACCCUGAGGUCCAGAAGUUGAUGCAGCACCUGGACAAGAAGGCCAAGAAUGACAAGGGACAGUCCCCACGUCCCAGAAGCAGACCCAGGCGGCAGAACUCCGUAGCCCUGAAGUGGAAAGCAGAACACUGCAAGGCAAUCCUGGGGAUUGUGCCUGGAGCCCGUGAGCCCAGUGGGGAGAGCAACUGCAACAGGGCUUUCCGCUCCUGGCAGGUCUCUGGGAGGGUGGCAGAGUGGCUAGUGCAGCCCGAGGAGAGCCUGUGA